UUCUCCAUGUAAUCCCGGCGAAAACGCUUGUAUUAACGGUCAAUUCGCUCAAUGCUCUGGUAAAAACCAAUGGUCUCUUACAAAAUGUAACGCUGGUUUAACUUGUUGUGCGCUUCCCCUUCGAAACAAACCAGGCACUUCGGUCGCUUGUGAUACCAAGGAAGAUCAAGCUGCAAGAAUCAAAGAGGGAAAAGCUGCCUGUCCAUAA